CAAGAUGUCCGACCUUGAGCCUCUACCACCUACAUUACAGAACAUCCUCGAUCAAAAGAGCUUGAAAUGGAUUUUCUGCGGUGGGAAGGGCGGUGUUGGUAAAACAACGACUUCUUGCUCCUUAGCAGCUCAAUUGGCAACAUGCAGGGAGUCGGUACUUCUCAUCUCCACCGAUCCAGCUCAUAACCUCUCCGAUGCAUUCUCCCAGAAAUUUGGAAAAGACGCUACCAAAGUCAACGGUUUUGAUAAUCUCUAUGCGAUGGAGAUCGACCCAAAUGCUAGCUUACAAGAGAUGAUAGAAUCGUCGGAUUCGUCAGGUGGGAUGGGUGGGAUGAUGCAGGAUUUGGCUUUUGCUAUACCGGGUGUGGAUGAGGCUAUGGGCUUUGCGGAGAUUAUGAAACAUGUCAAGUCGAUGGAAUUCUCUGUCAUCGUCUUUGACACUGCACCCACAGGACACACUCUUCGAUUUCUGUCAUUCCCUUCUGUGCUGGAAAAAGCCCUGGGCAAACUGAGCACAUUGAGUGGUAGAUUUGGUCCAAUGCUGCAACAAAUGCAAUCCAUGUUUGGCGGUGGAGGAGCUCAGGAGGACAUGUUUGGCAAGUUGGAACAGAUGCGGGAGGUCAUCACCGAGGUGAACACUCAGUUCAAGGAUCCUGACAAGACCACCUUCGUCUGCGUCUGCAUAUCCGAAUUCCUGUCGUUAUAUGAAACCGAACGGCUUAUACAGGAAUUAACGCAGUACGGUAUCGAUACGCAUAACAUUGUAGUGAACCAACUCUUGUUCCCAAAAGCAGGAGACAAGUGUGAGCAAUGUAGCGUUCGACAUAAGAUGCAACAGAAAUACCUAGGAGAAGCGUUCGAUCUAUACGAAGAUGGCUUCCAUAUAAUUCAGUUACCUCUUUUGACAGAAGAAGUUCGGGGAGUGGAUAAGAUCAGAGAAUUUAGUAAGAUGUUGAUUACGCCAUAUCAACCACCUCAGUAG